UACGGCACCUGUCUGGUUUGCCGUCAAUACCACUCCAAAGCGAUCGCAGGGAACGACUCCCUUGCUCUGAAGACAUCGAGCCUUCCUAAUUCAUGAGGUCGGCUUUCGACAAGCUCGUGCCGGUGGGAUCCGAAUGAGGCAAGACUACUUUCGGACAGAGCAAACGCGAGGAGCAUUCUUCUCUCCGCAAGCCAAAGCAUCCUCUGCUCCUCAGCCUAGCGAAGCGGCGUAAUAGCGCCGCAGAGAACUGUCUGAGACAUGUCAUUAGCACGCCUACUUACUCUUCCUACGGAAAUCCGAGCGCUCAUAUUCGAACAUGUGGUUACCGAAGACCAGCUGGUCACUUUUCGCCUCGAGCCUUUUCAGAAGGACUACUACACCUCUGCCACGCAACCGGCCUUGACUCGCGUGAGCCGACAGAUGCGCUCCGAGUCUUUGCCAUUCUGGUAUGAGUGCAAUAACUUUGUCCUCCACACCGAAGGCCGCAAAGCCGAUGAUGGCAGGAAAUGGCUGCUGUGCAAUGCGCAUCACCUGGAUUCUGUCAAGCGCUUCUCUUUCUGGAUCCGAUAUGUACCUCUAGUAAAUCAACGCGCUUCAUCGCAGGGUGCUAUUAGUGUCUCCAUAUAUCGACAAACGAAACACGCUUGCUGGCAUAUAGACCCCACCUGGCUAUGGAUCACAGUCGUUCGAAAGCCUGUUGAGCUUGCGGGUGACGCGAAGUUUCUCAUGGAGAAACUGGCAAGCAUUGUACCUGCGUUAUCGAGCGACGACGCCUUGCCUGACGACUACUUUGGGGCGAUGAGCGAUCUACGACUCUACUAUGUUCAGGAGAAAACGUCUUGAGCGUAUUCAAAACUGUCAGCACACACUC